AUGGAGUUGUACGAUUCAGCCCGCUAUGGAUCGGUGUUUAACAGCAUUUUCCUCUCGACCGAAACGUCCGAUACGAGCGACACGGCGGCAACGGCGAAAAAGGACACGAAAUCGAAACUGCUGCUGGAACCCAACCUGGAUCGGUACGAAAUAGCGUCGAAUGCGUCCCGUUUCGGUGUGUACCAUGCUGUCCGGUCGAUUGUGCUGGAACGGGAAACAACGGCACGGCCAACGAUAGCCUCGAUGCGCAUAAUCGAUACGGCACUGGAUGAACCGAAAUCCAUCGGCAGUGGACAAUCCGGUGCGAAUCAGCGUGUGCCGCAGAUAGUGCUUGCGGGCUUGGACAGUCUGUACGGGAUCAUAGCGGAAACGCGCCAGAGUCAACCAAGGAUCGCUACCAAAGCGCUACGUUCGCUGUACGACAUACUGCAGGGUCAAGAUCCCGAAGGAAUGCGUCACGAGCCAGAUGCCGUGUUUGGACCGCUGUUCGAUCUACUGCUGGAACUGUCCACCAUCAGUAGUGCUCCCACGGCGGCGAAUGGCUCCUGGUCAUCACUGGCCUGCUCGACACUACUUUCCCUUGCCAUUGCGAAGGGCGAUACGGGCCGCAUAGUACGCUCGGUGGCCGCCAUACUGAUGAAUUCGGUGUACGGGUCUACCAGCACUAGUGCCGCCGGUGGUUCCGUCCAGAUGCCGCAAAGUGUCGCCAAGCUGCAGCGCACCAUCUUCUCCAUGGCGACGGGCCGGGCAUCCAUUGCGGAUUACUUUCGGUGCGGUGUACCGCGCGGGAGUUUAAUCGGUGAAUUCCGGCUACCGCUGGAGUCUGCCGCCGUGCAUGCGGUUGCAUCCGAUGGCAAAUAUUUGUAUCUAGUCACGGCGAAGGGUUUGCUGAAGAUUGGUUCCGGUUUCAAUGGGACGCAGGAGGGUCUCAUCUACGGUGCGGUCACGAUAACCAAUGCCAAGAACGAGUUGCCUGGAUGGAUCGGCUAUUCGGGGGGCAAGUUGUACUAUGGUCGCAUCAACAAGAUGGCGGCCAAUAAUGGUUGGACGUUUCAGCUGUACGAUCCCACAACGUUGACGGCCUUAGGGACGGUGCAGACGGCACCGAUUCCCGCAUUCCAACGUCGUUACGGUCAACUCUUCUCGGAUGGUGAUGCCAUCUGUUGGUUGGGUGCGGUUUCCGACUCUGUGCGCGAUUCGACCGAUAUGGACGAUCAGGAGGAGGACAUCCUUGUCGUGAAGCAGCUGUACCCACCGACGGUUAGCUCCAGUUCGGGCGGCUCCACACAGAACGACACUCGUCCGGAGUUGCGUUUAAAGUUAGCAAAAAACCGAUACCAUACGUACGGUUGGGCCGCCUUUGAAGAAGAACUGGUCGAUAGUGGUGGAUUUCAGCAAGCACCGGGUGGAUUGGCUCCUCCUGUGCUGGAAAGUAACCCCACUGGUGCGGGAAUACAGUCAAUAUCCUGUGGCAAGGAGUUUGGUUUGGUGCUGGUAGACGAUGGCAAAGUGCUGUACUGGGGUCGUGGUACUGCGCUGGGUCUUAAAACAUCCGCCAACGUGUCCGGUGCGAUAGGAUGUGUUAUGAGUGCCCCGAAGGCAACCGUUUCGAUGAAGCUGAAUGAGCUGACGGCAUUACCGAAGGGUAUCACCUGCUUCCGGCAGGUUGCGGUCGGUCACGAGGCAAACCAUGGGUUACUUUUAACCGGCGAUGGAACGGUAUACUUUACCGGCACGGCAAAGCGAGGUGAAGAUGGUGAGCUGGCCAAAACUAAUCGACGGCAACCGAAGGCAAUCAAGCCGAAGCGAUUAAACAAACUGGACGGACAAACGAUCACGUUCGUGGCCUGUAACAAUGGCACAUCCGCCUUUGUGACCAAAGAUGGCAAACUCAUCAUGUACGGUAAGGACACGAACUACUGUGAACCGAACGGUGUCGUUGGCGGUUUGACUGAUGUAGUGAUACGGAAGGUGGCCCUCGGGAAGGCCCAUUGCGUAGCGGUGGAUGCGCUGGGACAGCUUUACACCUUUGGGCUCAACAAUAAGGGACAGUGUGGUCGAAAAUUUCAGCGUGAACGCAAUGUGGAUGAAUUGAUAACUACUACCAAUACAAACAACCAGGCGAAUGUAGGAACGUUAACGAACGGCACUGCAACGAAUCAGGCUAAUGCGUUGAAUGGAACUAACGCCCCAUGUAACGCUUGUCACGCAACGCCCUCAGUAGCACAUGCCGAACCACCGACAGCUUCAAGCGCAAAGUGCGGUUGCGGUUGCGGAUGUUGCUGUCACUGCGGUAACGCCGGUACGGGAAACAGCACCGGCGCUGCCAAUCCCAUCUCUUCCAACGACCCGGACACGCCGCGUAUCGUACCGGUACCACCGCAGCGCGUCGAUUUGCCCCAUUCCGGAAACGAUCCGAGACGUCCACCGAUCGUUACACAGAUCGCCUGUGGACAGCAUCACUCGUUGGUGCUUACAUCCGCGGGAGAAGUGUAUAGCUUCGGUAGCAAUCAGUACGGCCAGCUAGGAACGGGCGAUCUCCAAGCACCGCCCGGCGGUAGACCACAUCUAGUUCGCUUUCCGAACGGCGCUGGUACGGUGGUGUCUGUCGCUGCCGGUAGUAAUCAUUCCGUGGUGCUAACGAGCCGGGGCGCCGUUUACACGUUUGGCAAUUAUCACAAGGGACAGCUCGGUCGGGAGGCUCCGGGGGGUAGGCUGGACAGUGUAAGUGAUGGAAACUUUUUCUGGCACUGCGGGCCGGUUGCGAUCGAUUCAUUCGGUCCGGGAACGGGGCGCCGUGCAUCAUUCAUCGCGGCGAGUGGCGAUCAAACGUACAUCAAGGUGGAGGAAUCUCUUAUCAAUGGAGCAGCAUUGGCAAAGUACAGUGUAACGGCGGACCGAUCAACAAUUUUGCUCAUUCCGAACAAUCAGUCACAUUUGGCCGGUUCAAUAACGAUCGAUCGCCGUACCGGGCAUUGCCGUGCGCAUCGAAUGAACCAGUUCGACGCACGUGUCGAACUGAACGCUUCGAACGUAAGCGUGAAGGAAGCGUAUCGCAGAAAUCGGUGGCAUUUCUCAUUCACACUCGAUCCGUUGUUCAACGUGCUGUGGUGUUACGACGCGAUCCGGAAGCGCAUGCUGAUCUUCAACCCGAUUGCAUCGGAACUGUAUCGGCGCAAAUCGCGCCGUAAACAUCAACCGAAUCAACACGCAUACCAAACGGACUGUGAGAAGGGUGAUCAAUCGCGGUACGGAACACACGAGACACUUACCGUUCUAAGUCCGGAAAUAGCACUUCCGCAGCGAUGGAAUGGCUGUGAAGUGCCACGGUUUCAGCUGGCGCUUAAUCUGCUAGCCUGUUUGGAUGUGCUGACCGAGGCUACGGAACGGUUGGGUGCAACCGGUCAGUGGCCACCGUUCGAACCAUCGCUGGAUGGAUCGGCAACUGGUGGAUCCUCAUCUUCGCCGCUGGAUGGUAAUGUGAACGUGAAUGCAUCGGAUUGGUUUACAGGAUCACGAAGCGGUGGCGCUGCAGCAUUUGGUAGUGGCCGGCAGGUGAAACUUUGCGAUCUUGCACCGGAUGACGAUCCGCAGGAGGAAGACGUUCCCGAGCAUCGUUCAGUGCUGCUCACACCGACCUUCGGGUCUGGCAGCAUUGACGAGGAAGUGCCCGCGAUCCCGAUGUUAAAUCGUUGGAAUAUAGGCAAUGCGGAAGUCGCUAGCAACGGAUUUCCUGCCCCGAACGUCGUCAGCGAAAGCCGAUUCCCGUUCCGGACGGGUCGUUCUAAGGGUCCUACCAACGGUGUUGCUGCAGGCAGUGUGCAAUAUCGUCGUAAGAAGACAGGUGCUGGUGGUGGAGCCGGUGGCACUGCUGGUGGCACUACCAACAGUCACACGCUCAGUAACUCCUGCACGGAGGAUAGUGUGGUAGCGUUGUGUCCCAUAUCGCGAAGAUUCGCAACAGGCAUUAACCGUGAAACGUUCGAAUCGCUAACGGCAUUGUUGAGCUGGGCGUGGAACGCUUUCCGCAAUCUUUCGGGCGAACAAAAGAAGGGUAGCGGUGGUGGGACGAAGACUUUUACCACCAACCCAAUGACGACGAACAAUGCGGGUCUGAUUGGGGAAGCGAAGCUCAUCGUUCGACUCUCGUUCAUCUGUAGAGUGUGUCUCCGAUUGCUCCGUCGAUACUUGAACGCGAUCUAUCAUCCGACCGGAUCUCGAUCAUCCGAGGAUGAUGCCGAUGUCAACAUUGACGAUCAGUUGCGAUCGGAGUUUGUAAAUCCUUUCGGAACACCACAUCAAGCCACCUGUUCACCGAUGUCCUCUUCGACGGUUCAUCCGAUGGCAUCUUCAAUUACCGGAAAUCAUCAGUCGUUGGCAAUGGCAGUGGUCGAAAUACGCACACUGCUGAUCGACAUACUGGCCGAUCGCGUUACACUGCCCGCAAUGGAACGUUCCAUGAGGCGACGAGUGUGCAAGGCAAAACGUGAAGUCCUCGCCGAAUGUCACCGUACGUUUGUCCGCUGCUUUGACAUAUUUUACCCAACGCCUCCAUUGAAAUGGGAGGUACUGUGCAGGCGCUACGGUUCCUCAAACAGUGCUACCGAGCGAACCACCGGCCGUCUGCUACUGAGUGCCAUUUUAGCUGGACUUUGUCAGCCGUCCGUGAAUCUUCGCGUUACCUUCUCGAUACUGAUAUCGCCCUCGCAGUCUGCACCGGUUCCAACAGGUUCCGGCUCUAGUCGGCCACAGUCAACCGGCUCGGGCGCGCUGAUGAUCUCACGCAACCGUGACCUGUUGGCGAGUUUAAUAGAGCAGAUGACAAGUACGGUCGGUGUGUCGAAUAGUGCCGACACUGGAGGCCAGUCUGGUGUGCCGCAUCUGCCCGAUUGGCAUUUUCGCGAUGUGCUGGAGCUGUUGCUGGAGCUCGUGUCGGAUCCGGUGCGCAGGAAGCUGGACCGGAUCGGACGGCAUCGGCGGCUGAUCCGCAACGGUUGUCGUCUGUUGGCCAAGCUGCUGUCGGAAAUUAUUCACCACGGAUGUGAUCCGGUAGAUCGGGACCGGGGUGAUCGCGGUGAUCCGGAGGAAGCGACUCAGCAACCGACGACGGAUCUGAUGGUACCACCGUUGCCACCGAUGGGUGGCAGCAAUCGGCUGUUCAGUACAGGCAGUCGCUUUGGAAAGGUUGAUCUCGGCAAGACGUGGAAUACGGGGAACUUUGGACCUGAUGCGAUCGCCUUUACCGUUGAUCGUUCGGGCAUAUCAAUUGUUGGCGCAUGUGUAUAUUCCGGAUCGGGAAGCUACGAGUAUCAGUUGGAACUGCUUUACGAUAGUCAUCACUCGACCCAUUCACACACCUACUCCCAUUCGCAUCGUUGGGAAGUGUUGGAAUCGAUCGUUGGAUCGUACGAUCAAACGGCCGUAAGACAACACAUGGCCGAACUGCGCUUCAAUCGAGCCGUGCUACUGAAGGAAAACCAUCGUUACGCACUGCGUCUAUGCAGCCAGGGUGCGAGAACUCUUUCCGGAGAUUGCGGCCAAUCGUCGCUUCGUGGUCCAUGCGGCACAGUAACAUUCCGCUUCUAUCCGUGCGAUUUGAGCUUCAACGGUACGACACCGUCCCGUGGUCAAAUACCGGCCAUCCUGUACUACUGCACUCCAGCUGGAGGUUCUUCCGGGUUUCCGCAUGGUGGGAUGAACAUCGGGAGUGGUCGCGAAUUGGGCAACUGUCGAACACAGGCGCGUGAUCUUGCGCUGGAAGUAGCAAGAGCUAUUGUAGGCCGGUGUCGCGAGCUGCUCACUGUGGCACAUGAGCUUGCACUGUGGACUUCCGCUUCGCCGGGAAUGCGUGCACCAUCUUCGUCGGAAACAUCGUCCACGCCCUCCUCUUCUGCAUCGUCCGGAGUGGUUGGUAUUGGUGGUGCUGGUGGUGUGAUCGGGGCUGGAGGUGCCGGUGGCGUUGUAGGUGGCGGUGUAGCCAUUGACUCAGAGCAUAACAUAACACCGAUCGAGGAACAUUUGGACGUAGGUUCUACCGGGUUGGUCGGUGUGAUCUCUUCGAAUGCGGCAGCUACGACCAUUGAACGGACGAGACGGACGAUCGGUAAAGUGCUCCCGAAAGGACUGCUGGAAACGCUGCGUGGAAACAGUGGUAAUGCUGGAUCAGGAAUUUCCGCUGGCACUCCGUAUGAUCCAUACGAAAUUGAUUCCGCCUCGGAGGCAACGGUCGGUGGAAUAGUGAGUGGUGGUAGUGCCGGAGGUGGAGGUAGCGGAGGAGCCAGUGGAAGUGCCGCGGGGAGUGGUGUUGGAAUGUCGGCGGCCAAUGGCAAUGAAAUGGAGCUGCCGGCUGGCGCUGCCAUGGUGCUAGCGGUUCCAAUUCGCAAACGCACCGUGUGGGAUCUGUUUCGAUCGCGCACCACACGAUCACCGUCGGUGGUGAACUGUCUGUUUCGGUAUUUGCUUCCGCUAACGCUGGCCCAGCUGGAACGCUGCAUUCGAAUGGACUUGAAGGUAUCCGUAGAGGUACUGUCCAUGGUGCAGGAUAUUCUUCCACCCAUAACGGCGCUGAACGAACUGCGUCGUCAAAGGCAUGUCAGCAAGUGCUUCACUCACAUGACGAACAGUGGCGUGAAUGCGACAACGACGAUCACCUCGUCGGCUACCAGCAUGAACACGACCAGCCCACACUACUGCAUCUUGGAAAGUGAUCAUCCGUAUAAAACGGCAAGCCUUACCGCGUACCGUGUACGAUUUCCGGCGACAGUGCGCUGGAUGUGUCUUACCUUCGAUGCGCAGUGCGGUACGGUCCAGGAAGAGGAUCGCGUCAAGGUGAAAAUUCCCAAUCGGCGCGGUGAUCGUGGCAAUACCGGCAGUGAAAAGGACGCUUUGGAUGAUUGGUGCACGGUACGGAUGUAUAAUACACCCUCCCGCUGGGGUUAUGGUGGUCCGGGCCGGGCCAUGGUGUUGCCUGGGCGAGAGGUAGAGAUUUCCCUCGAGUCCUGUUCGACGUACGUCAACGAACCCAAACAGCAGUCGUACGGAUUCAAAUGUCUGGUGAUUGGAUAUGAAAAUGCCGAUCAGGUCCCGGCAGGGACUCUGAUCGCUCUGGAGCAUGAGCUGGCACAUCUCGGCGGCCGCUGCGCACGUAAUCUGCUGAGGAAGGAGUUGCGCUUUGACGAUGAUCCAGACGACAGACUCACCGAACCAGAGGCAGCCACACUGGAACGAUACGGAACUACACUGCUUGCCAAGGGACUGAUGGUACCCGACGCCAUGUUGGCUAUUCGCAACGCUCUCGACUGCCAUCUUCCGGUGCUCGAAAAGAACUACGAAAAACAGUUCCUGCGUGACUUCAUAUACGUCGCGGCAGGAUCGCCAGGGGCACGUUUGGCCGCCUGGUUGCAGCCCGAAUCCCGGCUGGAUCCUAGCCGGUGUGAGAUAAAAAUUAUUUCACCCCAAACACCACCACUCCGAGCGGGUUGGCCAUCACACUUUCGGCUGGAAACUCGCGAUCAGUACGGGGAAGAGAUUUUCGUGCCCGGCAUAAAGAUUGAAGUAAAGGCAUCCCUUCGACGUGAUACAUCAGUUAACGCAAUCACACCGAAAGUGUCGCCCGGAACACCGACCACCGCCACGCCACCGUCCGUACCGUACGAGCCGACGUACAAAGAGAAGGAAAAGAGCUGCCUACAGGCAAUCAGCGCCAUGCGCCCGUAUCACGGCUAUUCGUUCGAGGAGUUGCGACUGUACGCGGCGAACGUAAGCAGCGCCAGCAUCACCACUGCCGCGACCACAGAAAUCUUGACGGCCAAUGAUUUGGGUAAAAAUAAGUACGGCUUCGUGUGGACGCCGAUGGUUGCGGGUGCGUACGAACUCACGCUCCAGAUCGACGGCGUACCGGUGGUGGUGGAGGACGAAGAGGAAAUUUACCGCCUGGAGGUAAUUGACGCUGGUGGUGGUGGUGGUGGUGGGGGAGGAGGUACCGGCGGUGGUGGUGGCACGUGUGCCGGCGGAAGCGGUGCAUCCGGUGGACUGCCCAAGAUGCACUGCGGCGAGAAGGGUAUGGCGGGCGGUGGACAAGGCCUGAAGAAGGUGCACCCACCGACGAAGUUGCGUAAAUUCUUGGCCAAGAAUUCGGCCGGCUUACGCGUGCGUCUGCAUCCGACAUUACAAUCAGAGCAGAUCGGUGUGGUACGACCGAAUGGGAUCGUGGCUUACGGUGAUGAGCUCGAAAACGAUGACGGCGUUUGGGUGCGUUUGACUGCGGAGUCUAUACGUGAGCACUGUCCGGCAUCUUGGUUCCCGGUUGAGGCAUGGUGUUUACAGUACAACCAACAUUUGGGGAAAACGCUUCUCCAUCCAAUUGUGGACACUUGCUCGACGAAGGUACUGCUGGAGCAUACUACUGCCAAGGAGGAACCCUUGGUUGCCGACACGGUUGAGGACAUUGAGGCAGACGAUUGUGAGGGUGACGGUGAAGAGAACGAAAACACCAUCAACUAUGGAGAUUUCCGUAAAGCCGCAACCGCUGCACUGUCCGAGGUUGUUGGUGGAGGAGCCAAGGCACUGCAGAAGUGGUUCCAUCGAUCUGGGACUGAGGGUUCGUUUAUGGACGAAACCACUGGGCAAACCAAAUCACCGCAUCAUCCUUCAGCUGGUCCUACUCAGCAACAGCAGCAGCAGCAGCAGCAGCAACAACAGCCUAAUGUUCCUCAUGGACAGACGCAGCAGCAAGAUUUGCAGCAGCAAUCGUUUCACCAACAUCUUCCAAAGCGUGCUCUUUCGCCAUCCGUUGCGGAAACGCUACGGGCCGUGUUUGCGGCAUUCUUGUGGCACGAAGGGCUUGUGCACGAUGCGAUGGCCUGUGCCUCUUUCCUGAAGUUUCAUCCAACUAUUUCGAAGACGGCAGGAAUUGGAAUUGGUGGCGCACCGAUUGGGCUAGGCAAUCAGGCGGGCGAGUUACCAAUUCCUGCUGUACUAACCCGCGAACAGAAGGUACUCCAGCGUCACUCGGUGGAGUUCUCAAAUGCCACGCUAGACGCACUGGAGCGUAGCGGCAAUCGGUGCAUUAUGAACCGUAGACAUCGGGGGAUCGGUGCGGGAUUCGUUGCCCUCGACGGGGGAGGACCUUCGUCAGCGAUCGUAACAAAUCCAGUUCCUCCGGUAGCGUUGCGUUGCUUGGUCCAUCUUUGGGAUCAGUUGGGUUCGAACUUUGUGCAGCUUGUCGAGACGAACUCAAACGACAAGCGGAAUGAUGAUGGUCAUGGAGGGAAAGAGUGUGGUCCACUGCCAGCACCAAUAUCGAAUGCGGGAACUGCCAUCCCACCUGCUAGUGGUGGUUCGAUAGCGGCUAGUAAGAGUGGACUAACGCUAGCUGCAACGACAACCGGAACGGCGACUACUGGAACAACGACGGCUCCACCUAAUGGUGGAUCAGCUCCGGACGGUAGUUACUGUGAGCUUUGUCGUACGAUACUACACUCAAUUCCCGUAACGUAUCACAUGCGACUAGCCCACCCGGGUUGUGGGCGUCCUGCAGGUGGCCAAGGCUACAAUUCCAACGGAGUGUAUUGCGAAGGUUGGGCCGGAGAUUGUGGAGACGGCGGACAUGGUGUCUCGAGUUGGUAUCUACUGUGUGAAGGAUGUCGGAAACGAUACGAAGGAACCACACCGGUACCACUUCCCGCCGGUCCCCAGGCAGCUCUGUCGGCAGCUGCGGACCGAAGAAAUGAACCGCCCCGGUCGACACUACCUUCUGAGCUGUUUGCAAUGAUGAAGGAAAAUGCCUUCUUUCUGCUGGAUCUUGCUCCGGUAGAGUCGUCCGCCUGCAGUGCCAGCACAACGGGCAACAGUGAAGCAUCUCUGACUGAGGUAACGGACGCAUCGGAAUGGCCAGCGCCUCCGGAUCGGCCGGCUUGUCUGGGGACAUUUGUCGACUCUGAAUCGUCACAUCAGACAGCGGCCCGUUAUCCGAACGAUGGUGCUCCGGGAAGCUUUCUGCCACUGUCGGGUGGAAAGUUCCAUCGUAGUGUGUCGAUGGGCCAGGGAGCUGGACCGUCGGUGGUACUGCGACGUCGCCAGCGUCGUGAAGAUGAGUGCUCUGAUGCGAAUCUUUUGAACCAUCCAUCAGAGAAUCUGCGCAGAUUAGUUCCGUUGGAUGUUGGUGUGCCCAUCGGUGGAGGCGUUGCAGGAGAAACGAGCAGUAAUGGUACCCACGCCGGUCUACUUGGACGACCAGCAAUGGUGUUCAUUUUGGAGCGUCACAAUCUGGAACGUUUGCGUCGAUUGUUGAUAAGGCAGUUGCGACGUUCGCUCUGCCACCGGUACAGUCUGCAAGGGUUUAACUGGCUGCUGCGACAACUCACCGAACCGAUCGGACUGCACGAUGUUAUGUGGUGGUUUGUGUCAGCUCUCACCACCACCGAUCUGGAUGUCGAUCCUAGCGAUGCAGAUUCUGAGCUCGGUCUAGAACACCCCGCAUCCAGUUGCGAAGGUCAUUUGGGACGUGGAAUUUCGCGGGCACUUCACGCCUUCCUAUCAACUGUGUCCGAGUUGACGCUACACUUUCCACUUGGAUCGCCUCUACAGCGCAUGGCAGUGCAGUGUUUCGGUUUGCGGUUUGUACCAUCCGACCAUCAGUUUUUGCAUCGUGUGAAUGUUUUUGGCAACAUUUCGCGCAUCCUCUCGAAAUCGGAGGAAGAAGAGGAACGAGCGCUGGAGACACAGUCAGUGCGUGAUCACCUGCUAGGCGUUACCGACGAGGCACCGAUCGAAGUAACGCUAUUUCAAGAUGUUACCGAUCUGUACGAGCUUACUGUUUCGUCUCGUCCAGCACUCGCUCAGGCAUUGCUUGAUAACUCUACGGAAACAUUUUGGGAAAGUGAUGAAGAGGAUCGUGGCAAACCAAAGACGAUCGAGCUUAUUCCGGGUGGUCGAGCAGGCUCUUCGGUACCGGGAGCUGGUUGUCAGUUAUCACUGAUUGCUGUGCAUGUGGACAACAGUCGAGAUGUAGCGUGCAAAGUGACAUCGCUCUUGCUUUACGGAGGAUCGCAUUUAAACAGUGUGACAGGCACAGGUGAACUAUCAUUACUACGCACAAUCGAGAUCGAUCCGGCUGCCUGUGCUUGGCAAACGGUUCCAAUAUCUGCAGGUGGAUCUUCGAGUACUCCAACAAAUGGCCAUUACCGUCUCGAAAUUCGAGGCCCCGAUGCAACGUUGCGUAUCCGCCAGGUGAAGCUUUAUGGAACUCGAUCAGGCAACCCUGCAGCGUCGUCGGUUCCAAGUGCAUCUUCGCUUCCUACACCGCGCCAGGUUCAGUCGCGUCUGUGUGAGCAGGAAACACUUCGCGUGUUCCGUCUGCUGACUGGUCAGGUGUUUGGCAAGCUGCUGGAGGAAACUUCUACACUUAUCGGGAAUUCUGGCAACGAUCUUCGUGAGCAUGCAGUGGGCAUUCUGUUUAGCCGACGCAAGCUCAGCCAUCUGCAGAAGCAAAUAAUUGUGCACGUGGUGCAGGCAAUUGAACGCGAAACGGUGAAGGCACGAGAUGCGUGGGAACUGCUGCUAAAUGGAGAGGUCAACAUUCCUACAACAUACAACGAUGCCUACUGCUUCGAGAUGCUUAGUAUGGUCCUGGCCCUUUCCGGAAGCUCUGUUGGACGUACAUAUCUUUCGCAACAGCAUCAUCUGCUCAAGGAUUUGCUGUCACUUGCACACACGGGAAGUGACCGUGUCCAGCGUCAAGUGACGGCUCUCAUUCGUCGUAUACUACCGGAGCUUCCAUCAGACAACGUUCCUCACAACACUGCGGACAGCAGCGUUCCUAAUCAACAUUCCGUGGAUACUGACUCCGAAGCCUUACUAGACGUGCUGCUAGCGUUAAUAGCAAAAUCACUACAGGUGCAGGUGAAAGUAAAGAAUGGAUCGAACGGACAGCACCAGCAACCGUCCCAACAGAGCGUUCCACCCUCCUCACUUGCUACCACUGUCGUCAGUUUGGCAACCGUAACAUCCUCCUCUCGACUGCAGCGCCAUCGUUGGUAUCUGCGAGGUUCAAUCGCAGCCAAACAGGCGGAAAGUAUUAUUGCGCUAGUGCGUGACAUGGCCAGUGGUAAGCUAUCUGAACGGUGGGCAACGGCAUGCCGUUCAGCUGUAGCUAGUUGUCUGCUGAAUGUGACCCAACUGGAAGAGGAGUAUCGUCGUAGUGCGGAUACGUGUAUCUGUACCGCCACCCUGUGGUUAGCGUUAGCAGCACUCUGUGUAAUUGAUCGAGAACAGAUAGAUAGACUGUCUUCCAACCAAUGGCAUCGACAAUCGGAAUCAAACAGACCACUGUGUAGCAACCAUGACGAUGAGGUUACAUAUGCCGUCCUCAACUGUGCCCUGUGUGGUUCACUGUGUGCUGAUUGUGACCGUGUAUUGCAUCUUAAUCGGCGCACCAGAAACCAUCAUCGAGCGGUUUGCAAAGAGGAACAGGACGCGAUCCGUGUGGAAUUGCACGAAAGCUGUGGGCGCGCCAAACUGUACUGGUUAUGGGCGGUGGUCGAUUCGCGCACGCUCAAGGGCAUGCUCGAGUUUCGUGGGCACGAUCCGAGCGCAGGCUGCAGCACCGUACCGGUCACGGCCACCGGUGUGGGCGUGUGCCGUUUCUGUGGUGCUACGGGUAGCAGCGGUCUGCUGGCACUGGGCAACAUCUGUCCCGAUGCCCAGUGCCAGGAGUACGGUGCGGUGUCCUGCACCAAGGUGCAUCCGCGCUGUGGGCACGCGUGCGGUGGCAUUAUCAACGAAGGUCAAUGCUUACCGUGCCUGUACGGGGCGGGUAUGCAGCCCCGUCUGACCCAGGACGGUGAGGACAUGUGCAUGAUCUGCUUCACGGAAACACUCGGUACGGCACCGUCCAUACAGCUGCGCUGCGGUCACGUGUUUCACUUCCAUUGCUGCAAAACCGUACUAAUGCGCCGCUGGAACGGUCCGCGGAUAAGCUUUGGCUUUGCCCAGUGCCCCAUCUGUAAGGUUGACAUUGAGCAUCCGUCGUUGGAACCGUUUUUGGCACCAAUCGUCGCUUUGCGGCAGGAUGUCAAACGAAAGGCGCUGAUGAGGUUGGAAUACGAAGGAUUAGCUAAAGCGGUAACCGCCGAUGGAACAGACCCUACACGUUACGCAAUGGAGCGAUACGCAUACUAUGUUUGCAGCCAGUGUGGAAAGGCUUACUACGGAGGUGAAGCACGUUGCGAUGCCGAGCUGGGUGAAAACUUCAACCCUCAGGAACUGGUGUGUGGUGGUUGCAGCGAUGUAUCGAAGGCAAAGAUGUGUCCCAAGCACGGUAUGGACUUUCUCGAGUAUAAAUGCCGGUACUGCUGCUCGGUGGCAGUAUUUUUCUGCUUCGGCACAACCCACUUCUGCGACACGUGCCAUGACGAUUUUCAGCGUUUGACGAAUCUACCGAAGGGAAAGUUACCGCGCUGUCCGGCCGGUCCCAAAGCCACACAGCUGACCGGCGAAGAAUGUCCUCUACACGUCGUACACCCGCCCACGGGUGAAGAGUUUGCAUUGGGUUGUGGAAUUUGUCGUAAUGCGCAAACGUUCUGAACCAACUCGCGCUCCGGAUCGGUAAAGGUAUGUGCUUAAGUGAACAACAUGUUGACGACCAAAUUACCAUAUUGCUACUGCACUGCAUCAUGAUACUGUACUCUAUUUGGCUACAAAGUCUAAUGGACUAAUAUUUAGGUAAACAACCAAAUAACGAACCCAAACGGGUUUAGCUAGGAUACUGAGCGGUUAAGAACUGGCGAAAAAUUCAAAAUUGACCGGUAAGCAUCGUAAGUAAAAGCAUUUUAUAAAAACUAACCCUAAAAUGAAUCUUGAUUCUACCAAAAGUUUGAUAAUUUAUAGAUUUAAUUUAAGUGAAAGAUUACGUAAACAGGUGAUUUCCUAACUGCCGCAUUCCUUUCUCGCUAGUUCGUUCAGUUUGUAUUAGUGUCGUAUGGUGUGUUACGAAACUUAAGAGGCUAAAUUAUUGCUUAAUUUAAUAACCUAAAACAUUCACCGAUGUAACGAAUGACCAGAGAUCUGCAAAUACUCGUAAAGACCGUUCCUUACCAAAGAAUCUGUCUAGUCAAUUUUAAGUUAUCUAGUU